AUGCUUCACCUCUUCAAAUAUAUGUUUGAAUUCUUUUGUUUCUGUUAUAGCAGGAAACUUCAUAUGUAAGAAUGUCUUAUUAGCUACAUUGCUUUGCCAGAUGCCAGACAUUUUUGUGUGUGUGUGUGGUUAACAUUUUCUUUUUUCUUUUUUAAAUUUAAUUUUAAGUUCCGGGAUAGAUGUGCAGGACGUGCAGGUUUGUUACAUAGUGUGUUUAUAACAUGUGUGCCAUGGUGGUUUGCUACACCUAUCAGCCCUGGACAUUUUUUAGAAGAAAGGUUUGCAUAGAUUGGUAAAUGUAAUGUGCAAUCUAUGGUAAACUUAAAAGUGCUUUUAUAAAAGUUUUAAAGGUUCAGUUCAUUCAGUUUUACUUACUGUCUCAUCGUUCAUGUAAAAUUCCAUGUGGUACUCUACUAUGUUAACAAUGUUUACUAAAAAAAAGUCUUAUUAGACUUUUCUGCAGAGAGAUAUUUAAGAUUAAAUUACAUUAUUUAGGCAAUGAUUUAUAUUAAGUACGUUAUUGAUCUUUUAGUUUUGUUCAUAUUUUUUACUGAAAUGCAAUAGGUAUCUAAAAAUGCUGUAACUAAAAUUUGUCCCUAGUAUAUAAAUGUCUUUAUUAUUUUAUUUUCAAUAUUUAAGAAUAUUGCUAUUAGAAUAUUUGACAUUUUAUAAUGCCCUUAAAAGAAGACUAUUUUUCCUGAAUUAUUAUUUUUUAAACCAUUUUAGGUACUGUUUUUCAACCCUACUCUCUUGACCAAGAAUGAAACUAUUUACAAAUUAAGAUGCCAACAGAUCACGAAGAGCCCUGUGGUCCCAGUCACAAGUCGUUUUGCCUGAAUGGGGGGCUUUGUUAUGUGAUACCUACUAUUCCCAGCCCAUUUUGUAGGUGCGUUGAAAACUAUACGGGAGCUCGUUGUGAAGAGGUUUUUCUCCCAGGCUCCAGCAUCCAAACUAAAAGUAACCUGUUUGAAGCUUUUGUGGCAUUGGCAGUCCUAGUAACACUUAUCAUUGGAGCCUUCUACUUUCUUUGCAGGAAAGGCCACUUUCAGAGAGCCAGUUCAGUCCAGUAUGAUAUCAACCUGGUAGAGACGAGCAGUACCAGUGCCCACCACAGUCAUGAAGAACACUGAAGAAACGUCAAAGUGAACCAAAUCAUUGUUUUUAUUUUACAAAGGCAGAAAAUGAAACACCACUAGAAAGCUGAUGUGCUGAAGCAACCAGAGGCAAAUGUUCACACACCUAGAGAGAAACCCUAAGGGAUAUAUGAAGAUCUUAUGAAAAAGGAUGAAAACCCUUUAAAUGCAAGGAGUAGCUGGCUUAGUGGCUUCAAAACCACCUCAUUCCUGCUGUUAUCUGAGAAGCUGCAAGUACUGAUGAAAAAACUGAGAAGACAUUUCACCUGGCAAUUAGAAAAAAGCACUGACUGAUAGAUACUUCUGUAUCAUUCUUUCAAUAUUGAUGAAAAUGCUUUCUACUAGAAGUGACUGAUUUCAAGGAUCUGUCUCUCAAAGGAAGAAACAAAAACCCAAAAUUUUGACUGCAAAAGAUUAAUUCUAGGUGCAAAUAACUGGAAAUUUAGAAUUGUUAUUGUACUACACAGGUCACAAAGUUCCAAACCUAUUUAUUUCCCUUGUAAUUUUUCGUGCAUGAUUUUUCAGAAUGCAGUUUCUAUCUUUUUAGGUGCAACACUAAGAACUGAUUAGGUCAGAACAAUUUAGUUUCUCCAGUUUUUUCUACCUAAGUUACAUGGGGGAAAAAAAGCAAUAGUAACUUUAAGGAAGUAUGAAAAUCAAGUCUUGGAGCAGUGGAAAGGUCUGGGGCUGGUAAAUGGCUUAGGCAGAAGCGCAUGCACCGGCCAAACCUAACAGCCCAUCUCUGAACUAUGUCCUCGUCAAGGCUGGGAUGCACGCUGGCUUCUCUACACAGUCUGGCCCAGUGAUUUUCAUUAAGCCAACUUAUACCCAGUUUCUACAAAUGAAAAUCAAGUCAAUCAUCUAAAAUUUCAUGAUUUCUUCCCAUCAAGAGGAUCUGGAGUCUUCUGUUCCCAUUAAAACUGAAUUUAUGGCAGUGCAAACCUGGGCCAGACUGGGUAUAAAAAUGACAAAAGCAUAUUUAUAUUCUUAAAAAUUUCUGCAGAUUGCAUAGAAAGUUCUCAGAUUUGUAAAAGUUUAUUUCUAUUGUAAUUCUUUGCAUGUUCACUUUGUUAAAUUUGCAAUAUAAACCAGUUGCACGUCUUUUGCUAUCUGGCCUCGUAGGUUGAGGGUUAGGGUUUGCUUUAAGCAAAACUGAGAUAACUGUAAUGUGAACUGGCCUACUAGAUUGCCCACUUUUAUCAGUCUGCAAGGGUGGAUCUAUUUCUAGGUCUUAAUUUCAAGGUUUACUUUCCCUCUUCCUUAGAUUUUACUUGGAUCAAAGGGCAUGGAAAUAUAUUCCUUGCUUAAGCCUUAUACAAAGGAAACUAGCCCCAGAAAUUAUUUUGCUUUGAAAGUAUGUAGAUGAAAUAAGUAUUUUUAAAUGUCUUGAUUAAAUAAAGUAUUCUAUGAUCUGAUCGUCAGCUCAGUAUGUAGGCUAAUGGUACACCUUUACUUCUCUUUUUUAUGCUCACAUUUUUUUCAUGUGAUCAUUUGCAGUUUCACAGAGGACUACAAUGAUUGUCAUCUCUAGGAAUUUAGUUUGUUUUUAGCUAAUACUCCUUUAAUGCUUCUAAGACAAGCCUUUCAAAAUUGUAAUAAAUGAGUUACACAGAUUUAACUUUGGUUAAAUUACUAUUUCCCUUCCUCACAGGACUUCAGGGCCUCUGAGAGGCAGGGAGGAUGACUUUUGUUCUUAUCAAUACUACUAUUGUUUCUAUUAGGUCAACUUUUCCCUUUUUACUUUGCACUAAGGUUACAACCAUGUGACUAAAUGAUUUUACUGUUCAUAACAAGCUCCAAAGGCUCAGCUAUAAAAAGGAAUGCUUUAACAACAUCAAAUAUUGUAUGAAAUUACCCUGUAUCAGACUCUUUGAGAAGCAGCAAAACAUUUUAUGUGAGUAUUAAUUUGUUUAAAAUAAUCCAUUCAAUUCUAAGGCUCAUUUUGUUCAUAUUUUCAGUUUUAAAAAUCCCUUUUCCUCUACUAUUCAACCAAUUCUGGUUAAUAUCAGGGACAAUAAAGUUUAAAAAAUAUUUGCCUUAUGGGCUAUAUGAGCACAUUCAAGGACUAAAAUUUUGAGGUAUUUUGAUAAUAGCUAAAUAGCAAGAGCUAAAUAUAAAUAUUCAUAGAUGAAAAGUUUUGACAAAUUUUUCUUUGGACUUGCCUCAGGAACUAGGAUUUAGAAUAACCAUAAAUUAAAGGACUCUUCCAAGCAUUUUUAUCAUAUAUAUAUAUAAAUAGCAAGAGAAAAAUAUUUUCAGUUUUAAAAAAAGGAUAAAAGUGACAAAAAAGGAAAAGCAGGAGUAAUGCUAAUACAUUUGGUUUUACUUACCUUGCAAGUGUUCUACUGUCCUGUUAGAACAAACCACUGACUGUUACAAAAGUAACAUUAGUUACAUCAUACUGUAUUAGAUGGAAUAUGCUAAUUUCUCUCUUGUAAAACAGUCUGGAGGUGGAUAGUCCACGCCACUUAUGGUGUUUCUUCAACGAGGUCGUACAGGGACCAGGAUCCUUCUGUUGUUUUUCUUCUACAAUGGUGUGUUGCCUCCUCUUCAGGGUCCAAGAUGGCUCACUACCAGAUCCACAUUCCAAGCAACAGGAUGGAGAAAGGGGCAAAUAAAUGGUCAUGCCAUUUUAAGGACACAAAAAAUCGUUUCCCCUCACAUUCCAUUGUCCAGAACACAGUCAUACCUGCACAGGAGACUGGGAAAUGUAGGCUUUAUUCUAGGAGGCA